GUUUGCCAGCCACUAAAAUCAAGAAGAAGAAGUAAUCACGUGAUUAUGUUUUUUUAAUCUCCCUUUCCAGAUACCGAGGGUUAUGUUUUUGUUUUAAAGUCGUUCAAAGUCAUCUCCCUGCAGUCGUCGAGCGGUCGCGAUACCUCGAUAGCUGCCAUGGCCGAUGAUUUGAAACGAUAUCUUUACAAACAGCUGCAAAGCAUCGAAGGUCUUCAUGCUAUUGUGGUCACUGAUAGGGAUGGUGUCCCGGUUAUUAAAGUUGCCAAUGACAAUGCCCCAGUUCAUGCUUUGAGACCUGGCUUCCUGUCUACGUUUGCUCUGGCCACUGAUCAGGGCAGCAAACUGGGCCUUUCUAAGAACAAGAGCAUCAUCUGCUAUUAUAAUGCCUACCAGAUUGUGCAGUUCAAUCGGCUACCACUGGUCAUCAGCUUCAUUGCCGGCAACACUGCCAACACAGGUCUCAUAAUGAGCCUGGAGAAAGAGCUGGCUUCACUAAUAGAGGAGCUGAGGCAGGUGGUGGAAGUGACUUAAAGCUGUGACAUAUCAGCUGCACAGUCACAUGAUCUGGAUCACACCCUGCUCACCUUCAUGCUCUCAGUACUUCUGCAUUCAUGUCUUUAACAGAUCUGACUAAAUUUAAGACCUGUGCAUAUCUUGCUGUGUUUUUCUGUACACCUUUGUGCCAUUAACGGAUAUUUCUUGUAGAAUUUCUUGUCUGAUUAAAUCUGUAAUUAUAAGCAAUUAAAAA